AUGCGUGCCACACUUGUUUUCGCGGCUGCGUCCUUCGCGACUGGAGCUAUCGCAGCUAGGUCCAUGGGCUACUGCCAAAACUUAGCAGGCGACGGCGGGGACAUCGGAAAGACGAGGUUCUGCUGCGACUCGCAGUUCGACUUCCGCUUUUCUGAGUCUGGCAUAUGUAACAUCCCUGCGGACUCCUGCGGUGGCAUCAGCACGUGCUGUGGUACUGGUUUCUACGUCUUCAACACUUGUCCCGACACGUUUCCUUGUGCGAACAGCGCGGUGGACAAGGUUUGUCCCAAGAACCAGUCGUGA